AUGGUACCUCGCUCUGAUGAUGUCCGUCAUAUGACGGACGAAAGCUCAGCACCUUUACACUGGAAUCGAAAAAGAUUGCCUCGGAAACAGCGCCAGCAUGAAUCUUCCAGUAAAGCAAAUCGACAGCUGGUCAAGAUGAAUUGGCCGUCGUCUUCUGGUGGAACCGACCUUCGAAUCUCUUCACCCAACGCUUUCACUUGA